CUUGCGCCAAAGCUCUAGUGUACGGUUCCACAGCACAAGCAAGAAGCAACAUGGAUGCUACGGGUUAAAACGAUCUCGACUUUGCUUCGUAAUAUCACCUUUUGUUUGCCGUUAUGACACUCUAUAUAUAGCUGCGAUAAUCAUUUUAAGAUGCCAAAUAAAGGCAAGAAAGAGAAGGCUCCAAAACCUACUGGAUCAUCAAAGCAUAACAGUAAGGAAACCGCAGAAGCACAGUCAGAUGAAGUAAAGCACAAGCCUAACAGUCAUGUGGCUUCUCAUCCGCCAAGCCAAGUGGUUAAAUUACGACAAUUCGCUAACGGGCCCUCAAUAAUGCGAAAAGAAAAGCGACACAGUUCCUCUACGUUCCACAUUAGCGACAACCGAGAGUUGGUCAAAUUACCUUUAUUGAAAGACUGCCCAGCACCGGAAAGAGAAGCCCUGUUUGUCCAGAAAGUGCAACAAUGCUGUGUUAUCUUUGACUUUGCUGUGGAUCCUCUGAGUGAUCUCAAGUACAAGGAGGUCAAGCGAGCGACUCUCAAUGAGCUGGUUGACUUUGUAACACAUAACAAGGGUAUUAUUACGGAGCCCAUCUACAUGGAAGCUAUCAGAAUGUUCUCAUUAAACACCUUCCGUGCUCUUCCUCCGCCAUCAAACCCGAAUGGUGCUGAGUUUGACCCGGAGGAAGAUGAGCCCAAUUUGGAGGCGUCCUGGCCACACUUACAGAUUGUGUAUGAGUUUUUUUUACGAUUCCUUGAAUCCACGGACUUCCAACCUUCCAUGGCCAAGAAACAUGUAGAUCAGAAGUUUGUACUCCAGCUUUUGGAACUUUUUGACAGUGAAGACCCAAGAGAACGUGACUUUCUCAAGACCAUUUUACACAGGAUUUAUGGCAAAUUCCUUGGCUUGAGGGCUUUUAUUAGAAAAUACAUUAAUAAUAUAUUCUACAGGUUUAUUUAUGAGACAGAAAGACACAAUGGGGUUGCUGAGCUUCUUGAAAUUCUUGGAAGUAUUAUCAAUGGCUUUGCAUUGCCGCUGAAGGAGGAGCACAAGGUUUUCCUGAUGAAGGUCCUAAUGCCCCUUCACAAGACCAAGUCACUUGGCAUGUACCAUCCUCAGCUUGCCUACUGCGUAGUUCAGUUUUUAGAGAAGGACCCAGGACUAACAGAAUCAGUUGUUAUGUCCCUGCUGAAAUUCUGGCCCAAGGUUCACAGUCCUAAAGAGGUGAUGUUCCUGAAUGAAUUGGAGGAGAUCCUGGAUGUUAUUGAGCCAACAGAGUUUGUGAAAAUAAUUGAGCCCUUGUUCAGGCAAUUAGCAAAAUGUGUGUCUAGCCCCCACUUUCAGGUUGCAGAGAGAGCCCUUUAUUAUUGGAAUAAUGAGUAUAUCAUGAGUUUGAUCAGCGACAACGCCACAAUCAUCCUUCCACUCAUGUUUCCAGCACUCUACAAAAACUCCAAAAACCAUUGGAACAAAACUAUUCAUGGAUUGAUCUACAAUGCUCUCAAGCUGUUCAUGGAAAUGAAUCAAAAGUUGUUUGAUGAGUGCACGCAACAAUACAAGGCUGAGAAACUAAAGGAGAAAGAAAAGCAAAGGGAAAGAGAAAAUGCUUGGGAAAGGAUCUCUGAUUUGGCACGUAAAAAUCCAGAGUAUGGCAAAGUUGCCAGUCUUCCAGAUGAAAUAACAUUAGAAAGGGAGAUGGACAUUGCAGAGGAUGCAAACAUCAACUUGGAGAAAGUGUUAUCGGCCGAGGCUCCAGACCCCAAAAAGAAACAAGAUCCUAAGAAGAAUAAAUUCGUCCGUCGAAAAUCUGAACUACCGCACGAUUCACGGACAGUGAAAGCACUACAAACAUACCACCCCACGGAGGAGUACCUUGUGACGUCAUCGGAGUCAUAGAGACCAUGAGAGCGUUUCCUCUAAGCACGUGACUGGUGUGUGCACACGAGGAGGGGUGAGCAUCAGACUAGCAUUGAUGAUGAAGGGCACGUGAAAAACACUUGUACACAAGGGAUGGAGGAUUGACGGACAUGUGAUUUACAUGUGCACAAGAGAUCCUAGAUAGACUGAAAGCUACACGUGGAGUUGUAUGUUGCCGUCAUGGCAACGAGGGCCACAUGAUUGGCAUGUGAACAGAGGUUGAGUGCCUCCAACCAGUGUGGACUUUUGGAGCGUGAAGGACAUGUAAACAGAGCAAAGACUUUGGGAGGAAAAAGGAUAUGGGAUCACAUGAUUGGCAUGUGUGCAAAGCAUAGACUUUGAAAGGCUUAGUGACAGGAGAUCACGUGAUUGCAACAUGAAUAAAGCGUGGACGUUGUGAGAAAAUGGCGGUAGAUUACUCACUGUCAAGCUUGUCUAGACUUCAUGGGUCACAAAUCAUACGGGACUUUGCUAUGUGGUUCCUCUACUGUCUCCCAUCUGAGAUGUUACAACUGUGACUGAUCUGGGAACGGUUGUUCCAGCUGUCAGCCUCAGGCCUGUGCUGAUUACAUCGACCACAGGCCCUAGGAUAGUUAGAGUAUGGGAUGUUACUAUCCUAGAGCCCGUGCAUCGACUCUGUUUUGUAGUAUAUUGCAUCAUAUAAAUUCUGGUAAAUUUGGGGAGGGGAGGGGAGGGGAGGGGUCUGUACAAAAGCUACCCUGCUAGCAGAACUUUCUUCCUGGCGGUUUUUUUUUUACCAUCUAGCUUUAAUUUUUUGCCUUUUUUUGGCGUUGCUUUUUUUUAACUUGAGCAAAGCAAUACCCGAAGAGUAUCUAGAAGUCCAAGUAGUACAGCCAGGAAGGGGCCUGUCAGCAGGGUAGCUUAAAGGGUUUCUGUCAGCCACAGUUUUGUCAUCCUAACAAGAUAAAGUUUGAGAAAGCAUCCACUGUCAUCAGCUAAUAUUUUGGACUGAACUUGGUAUGGAACUAAUUUGUUUUCCGAUGUUGGAUGAAAAGAAUUACAAAGAUGUGGCUGCUUGGGCCCUGUAAAGCGUUUUAAAUAAUUCACUUGUCUGUACAUUAGGUAAUUGACGGACCAUUUACCUUUUGAUGAUUGAUGAUUUUAUAUGAGCAAGAUUUAUUAUUUUUCCCCUUGGCUAUUGGGCAGGAUUUUUCCCUCUGUUGGUGGUUUGCAGGAUAUUUUUUUUUUCUCCUUGCAAAAUUUUUGUAAAAAUGGCCUGUCAGGAUAUUUUAUGCAGAAUCAUCCCCCCCCCACCCCCUCUCAAAAGUUAAAUGGCCCGUCCGUAAUCCCCUCUGGGGAAAAUGUGUGCGUUUUGUAAAUGAAUUACAUUGUCCAUGCAAUCCGGGUGUUUUCGUACCUUGCUGCCCGACGGUUCGUCCCCUUUUAGGAUUUUGCUUUUUUCAAAAGGUUAACAACUGAAGCCCCCUUUUACACAUUCGGGCGUACGUAAAGAAAUCACGUGACUGAGUGGCAAAGCGUGGUCCGCUUUUGGUGGUAAAAUGACAGGAACGUAAAGCAACUUCUUAAGCGUUUACGGAUCAUCAGUCAAAAAAUUUUCUUUGUUAGAAAGGGCUUUUUUUUCUCGCUCUAACGGUGACGGCCGUAGCUAUUUCUGUUUUUUUUUUUUUUUUUUUUUUUUUUUUUUUUUUUUUUUUUUUUGCUUCAGUUUGCCACUUAAAAAGUCACGUGAUUUAAAGUCGCCUAUUUCGACCGCUUAAAAAUUGUAACUAUGGUUAAAUGAGACUAACCGUACGAGGAGUGUUAACACUAUCUCAUGGGUUUCGUACCCUUUGCUGUUUUUGUCAGGUCCCGUUUCGACGCAAUGGUAACCGUGCACAUUUUUAAGCGAAAAUACGUACGCAGGAUUUUCGCGAAGAGUUGCGCUCACCCCUCCUUAUCUCCACGAAUGUCCAUGCACUUUUAAUAAUUUUCUCAUGGGAAAGCCUUGGUUGCCUCAAAAAACGAUAUAUUUUUGCAUAAAUCAAAAUUAUACAUCUAAAGUGGUUCAGAUACUUUGCAUUCGUUAUGGUCCCUUCGCUUUUGUGGUAUUUUCUUGUUACAGCCUAUGUCACUCGCAAUACAAGUGAGAAUCAGUUUAACACAAGCUGCAUUCUCUUGCGCUUGUGUUUCAUUGAUAUGAGAGUGCAAAUCGAUUGCGUUGCGACUUGAUAACAUGGAAAUUUCUACACACUAACUUUUUGGAUACGCACUCUCCACUACAUUUUUGCAUAAGAAAAAUAAUAAAUAAAACAAGUGACAAAUA